UCCUUUCCUAGUUGAAGCCCAGUGCAAGCGGGAAGCAAAGAAACCCAAGGGGCGAGCAUCCUUCGAGGCUUCCUGCAUUCAUCCUCUUCGCCCAUCGGGCCAGAAGAUGGGAAAGAGUUGCAAAGUCGUGGUGUGUGGGCAAGCAUCAGUUGGAAAGACUUCUAUCUUGGAGCAGCUUCUCUAUGGGAAUCAUGUGGUGGGUUCGGAGAUGAUAGAAACCCAGGAGGACAUUUAUGUGGGCUCCAUUGAGACCGAUCGGGGAAUGCGGGAGCAAGUGCGCUUCUAUGACACCCGAGGCCUGAGGGACGGAAUGGAGCUGCCCAAGCAUUGCUUCUCCUGCACUGAUGGAUAUGUGCUGGUUUACAGUAUUGACAGCAAGGAGUCCUUCAAGAGGGUGGAGAUUCUCAAGAAGGAGAUCGACAAGAGCAAGGAUAAGAAGGAGGUCACCAUUGUGGUUUUAGGCAACAAGUGUGAUUUGCAGGAGCAGCGGCGUGUGGACCAUGAAGUUGUGCAGCACUGGGCCAAGGCAGAGAAAGUGAAGCUGUGGGAAAUCUCGGUGGCUGACCGCCGGACCCUCAUCGAGCCUUUCGUCUACCUGGCCAGCAAGAUGACUCAGCCGCAGAGCAAAUCUGCCUUCCCGCUCAGUCGCAAGAACAAAAGCAGUGGUUCUGUGGACGGGUGAAACCCUUUGGACAUUGAUCCGCCGUCUCUUGUAAAGAUGCAUGCAUGCAGGGCUGGCCUUACCGUGCAGCAGACACUUUUAGCAGCAGAUUCCAGCGGAGGCACCAACAUCGCUCUUCAUGCAAGCUGUGUCUUUCUGUCAUAGUUGUUGUGUUUCUUAAAACGAGAAAGCUCCAAGUCUAGAGCAGUGGUAAGUCAUCCUUAAUGUUUCACUUUAGAGCAAACAAAAAAAAAUUGCCUGCAGUAGAUACUCUCACCAUCAUCAGAUCACAUUUAUAUCCAUCUUUUUUUCCCUUGUGAGUGUGUCCUCUGCUCCACUUUAUCCUCACAACAACCCUGUGAGGUAGGCAAGGUUGAGAGUCUGUGACUGGUUCUAAGUCACCCAGUGGGGAUUAGAACACAGAUCUCUCGGUUCACCUGUCUAGCACUCCAACCACCAUGCUGGACUGGCUCUCAUGCAUGAAUCUGGUGCCUGCAGCUGCCAAAGUACACUUGGUCACAAAAUGGGGCCCCAGUAGUAUUAAUUGUUAGAUUUUUCACCUGUUCUGGACCAUCCUUUAAUUCCAAUUUUUAGGGAGCGUAUUCUUUGAGUUUGGAAGUCUCUCAUUUGCCUUUCUCAUUCCUGAAUGACUUAUCUGGGUGAUUCCACAGCCUGGGGCUCCCCCAGUGGCCAUUCAAGGAGUAGCAGGUGAAGGGGGCAACCACAAAUAGGUUCACCAUCUGGGCAAGAGGGGGGUGAUGCUCCUUCCCACAGCAUUCUUCUCUUCUCUUUUUCUUUUUUAAAAGAGCCAGCAGGCACCUGGCUAGGGACAAAUAUGGUUACAGGCAUUAAUUUUAUUAUUUUUUAAGCAUCUUUUUUCUUUAAAUAUGUUAUUGACUGUCUAAUAACGUUAACAGAUUACAUAAGCUUCCAUUAGAAAUAUAUAAACCAAUAACAAUAAACAGUAACUGGUUAAACUGUAUUCAUAUUAUCAGUAUGAUUUUAUAUUUAAUUAAGGGUUUUGAAGUUUGUAGAAGUAAUUGAGCAUCUUUUUGCCUUUAUGUGUUAACUGUGAGAAAUUAUGCUGUUUUGUUUAUUCCAAAUUUCCAGCUUGACCAAUGUGCGCAUGUAGGUUCUGUGCUAUCUUUCAUAUUUGCAAAAUGAUAAGAGCUUCCCAAUUUUCAUAAAAACUGUAUGUUUUUCAGACCUAUCUUGUCUAACUCAGCAUGUUAAGUUCUCCAUUAAAGCAAGAGACCAAAGUUCAUUUCCAUAUAGGGAACUUGCGUUUCCAUUUUUUCCCAGGAUGACGCUGUAGUUGAACGUGCUGCAACCCAUAUGAAUGUCAAAAGUUCUGUAUGCCUUAAACUUUUGUUUGCUUUCUUAAAUAUAGAUAAUAAACUGGACAGAACUCAA